AUGGCCGUGGAUAUGAAGAACGGGGCGUUCCUCCAGGACAACAUGGAGGUGCCCAAGGGGGAUCGUGUGAUUCCUCUCUUCUCCUUGAAGGGUCGCACAGCGAUUGUGUCGGGCGCUGGUGCUGGCAUCGGGCUCGGAAUCGCCCACGGGCUGGCUGAGGCUGGCGCUAAUGUGGCCAUCUGGUACAACAGCAAUAAGCAGGCCCUGGUGGAAGCCGACAACAUCGAAAAGACGUAUGGUGUGAAGUGCAAGGCCUAUCAGGUGAAUGUCGUCUCAGCUGAGGCUGUUGAAAGCGCCAUCAACCAAAUUGUCAACGAGUUCAACGGCCGUCUCGACGUCUUUGUCGCCAACUCUGGUAUUGCCUGGGAAGAUGGCCCUUUCAUCGAUGGGUCCCCCGAGACUGCUAAGAAGGUCAUGGCUGUGAACGUCGACGGCGUGAUGUGGUGUGCCAAGUCUGCUGGGGCUCAUUUCAGACGGCAAAAGAAGGAGGGCACUACGCUUGACGGCAAGCCUCUGGACAACUUUAUUGCUGGUAGUUUCAUUGCCACCGCCUCUAUGAGCGGUAGCAUUGUGAACAUUCCCCAGCUGCAGGCCGUUUACAAUGGCUCCAAGGCAGCUGUUAUCCACUUCUGCAAGAGUCUCGCUGUCGAAUGGACCGGCUUUGCCCGCGUCAACACUGUUUCCCCAGGAUACAUCAAGACGGAAAUCUCGAACUUUGCAUCGCCUGACGAAAAGAAUCAGUGGAGGAACAAGACCCCCAUGGGACGUGAGGGCGAAGUACAAGAGCUCAAGGGUGCAUACCUUUACCUGGCCUCGGAUGCCGCCUCGUAUACCACUGGGCUCGACAUGGUUGUGGAUGGAGGUUACUGCCUACCUUAG